GUUGUCUUUGUAGCGUCAAUUUGCCUUCGCUCCAUUUCACUAAGCAGCAAGCGGUGGUGGCGAAAGCCUGUUGAGUGUCGACUGAGAACGCAUUCAAAAAAGAAGAAAGAGAACGGAGGGAGAAAAAUUCACCGGCAAUUUGGCGGGAAAGCUGAAACCAUGAGCUCAUCGGCGGUGGAUGCGGAGGCGCCCGAUCUGGUUUGUCAACUUGACAACGUCCAAGGUCUGGUGGAUGCAUUCACUGCCGUUCGAUGGAAACGCCAUCAGGAUGCCGUAAUCGAACUGUCAGAGCAUGGCGUCGUUUUGAUCGUUGAAGAAUCCGGCUGUCUUCAGGCGAAAGUGUAUCUGCAGCGUGAGGUUUUCAUUCGUUAUGAAUACAGUGCACAAGCUCGGCCAAGGUUUGGAGUGAGCUUAGGCAUUUUUGUUGAUAGCUUGAAUACAUUUUCUGUUCCUGGACGUUUAAGCAUCGUUGAAAUCAAAUACCCGGGACCUGACAUGCAACUUCUGCUCAAGUCAGUUGAUUCAUCAGAUGCGUGUAUUUAUGCGGAGAUCCGAACCAGAAUCCCAGAAACCAUUUCAUGGGAUUACAAUUUUGAACCUGCAGGAAGUAGCCCACUCAGUUUCACUGUCAAGUCUGCAGCUCUGAAGGAAGCUAUUGAUGAUCUUGAAUGGCCUGGAUCAAGCGUCCAGAUAUCUCUAGAACCAUCUCCCCCUUCUGUCACCUUCAAAGGUGAAGGUCAUGGAGACUUGCAGGUAGAUUUCAUGUACUAUGCAAACACUGAUCUUUUGAUCUCGUUCCAUUGCGAUCGUCCGGUAUCCUACAGGUACAAAUACAAAUUUCUACGAGCGACAACUUCGAACAUACCGAGCAGUGUGAUCAGAGAAAAUAGGGGAAGCAAGUUGACUAUUGGGAGAGGAGGAAUGCUAAAAGUUCAGCACCUGGUUUCCGUGGCAAGACCCUCCACUUCACACCCACAUAUAGAUUCUGCUGGUUAUCAGCAACCCAGUAGAAUUGCUUUCAUUGAGUUCUUUGUAAAACCAGAAGAAGACACCACAGAUGAUUAGUGGUUCUUUUCUAUUCUCUUUUUGAAGUAUUGCACAACCGAGCUAUGCUUAUUUUGAUAUGAUUCUUUCGUAUAUUUUGCCAUCUUCUGGCGUUCCCAUUCAUCAAGGGAUCUCUUGAGUUCUGUUUUGAGCC